AGAGAUAUGAUGAUUAUGUGAUGAUGACAUACAGUGAAGCGAUUAACGGUGAAGACAAACUUAAAUGGCAAAAAGCUAUUGAUGAUGAAAAAAAAUCUUUGAUUGAAAAUAAAGUAUGGAAAAUUGUAAACGAAGAAGACACUAAAGGUAAAAAGAUUCUAAGUAAUAAAUGGAUAUUGAAGAUAAAAGAUGAUGGCACCUACAAAGCUCGCUUAGUAGUUCGAGGAUUUGAACAACGAGAAGGAAUUGACUAUCAUGAGAUUUUCAGUCCUGUGAUAAGCAGUAGUCCUUUAAGAAUGAUUUUAGCUAUAGCAGCCAUAAACAAUUUUAAAAUUAAAACAUUUGACAUUAAAACUGCAUUCUUAUAUGGCGAAUUAAAUGAUGAUGAAGAAAUCUAUAUGUACACACCAGAGGGAAUGAGUGCUAAAGGUAUAUGCAAACUGCAAAAAGCCCUGUAUGGCAUGAAACAGGCACCUCUAAAAUGGAAUAAAACAUUUACAAAUUAUUUGAACAGGCAAGGCUUAGUACAACUUGCAACUGAACCAUGUAUUUUAAAAAAUGAAAAUAACACAAUAUUCUUAGGUAUUCAUGUGGAUGAUGGAAUAGUAAUUGGAGAAGACGAAAACGAAAUAGACAAGAUCAUGACAAAAAUUGGUAAAAGAUUUAUAACCAAGAAAACAUAUUGCAAGAUUACGACAUGAUGGGAUCAAAAGUAUCAGCAAUACCUAUAGAAUCAAGUAAAAGAGUAGAAUCUGCUAAGAACACUGUAUUUCCUUACAGAGAAUUACUAGGAAGCUUAACAUACAUUUCAAAUAAAACCAGACCCGACAUAAGUUUUGCUGUAAAUUAUUGCAGUAGAAAAGUAGAAAAUCCAACAGAUCAAGAUGUUCACAACUUAAAACAAAUUCUAAAAUACUUAAAAGGAACAAAAAAGAAAGGACUAACCUAUCCAAAAGGGAAAAGAGAUAUUGAGAUAACUGCAUACUGUGACUCGGACUAUGCAGGAGAUACUGAAACAAGAAGAAGCACUACGGGAUAUAUUAUAUUCCUUAGCAACUGUCCAAUAAGCUGGUGCACAAGACGUCAACCUAUAGUAGCACUUUCCAGCACUGAAGCGGAAUACAUAGCUGCGGCUGAAUGUUGCAAAGAACUUCUAUACUUAAAAUCAGUAAUUCAAGAACUUUUGAACUCUAAUAGUGUUAAAGUGACAAUGUUUGUGGACAAUCAAAGUGCGAUAAGAAUUAUUGAAAAUGGAGUGAUAAAUAGACGUUCAAAACAUAUAGACGUUCGCUACAAAUUCAUUCAUGAAAAAGUGAAAAAUGGUGAUGUGAUAAUUAAAUAUUGUUCAUCAAAUGAACAAACAGCAGACAUUUUCACAAAAAUAUUAGCUAAAGUUAAAUUUAUCUAUCAUACAAAUAAGAUUGUUAUGUAAGUUACAUUUAAGGAAUUUUGUUUAUGCUUAAAACUUAUGUGUUAGCCACUUAUUAAAAAUUGUUUACUUAAAUUCAUUCUUUUACGUUUGUAAAACCGCUGUACAACAUAUUAUAAAAGACAAAGGAAUUAAAAUUAGGGGAGUGUGUUA